AUGCGACCUUUUGAAAAUAGAUUAUUAGAUAUCGGCGGCAUUUUUCUGGAAUCUUUUGUUAAAAUCAAAGGUAUAACCGUCAAGGAGCUUCUAGAAAAAAUUUCGAUAGAGUCAAUUAAAUCAGAACGAAACUUGAAAAGGAUCGAAUACCAAGAGGAGGCAUUCAAGAAAGCAAUAACGGAAUAUAUGGAACAUAACAACGAAUCUUGGAUUUUAAAAACCUUUGGAGCGAACGCUGAUACAACGAAAGCUUGUUUUAAUGAUAUCCUUAAAACGCAUCUUGGUAUCAAUGAACAACCCAUACAAGAUCUAAAUUCUGAAUUACUACCGAACGAAUGGACAAAAUGCUCAUAUAAGGCUACAGUUAAUAUUUGGGAAGAUCUGCAAAAACGGACUUAUAACCAUAUGCAAUAUCUCGUAGUAGAUUCGAAUAAUCAAGAAGCUAAUAAUCAAAAUGCUAAGGGCCAACAUGAAGAAACAAGCAGUUUCACCACCCCACUUGACACCAUGACGUUUCUCGAUAAUACUGUUGAAAAUGAGCUAUGUAUACCCAUACUAUUUAAAGUUUUGAGCAGUGUGGUGACUGCGAAAAUCCAUACGGUCGAAAGUCUAGAAUGGCUGCAUAAACCCGCACCAUGGUUUAGGGAGGGUCUUGCCAAUUUAGAAAUAGAUUGA